ACUUGUGGAAAUUAAAAACAAUCGUCGAUCGGGUGAAAAUAUGGAUUCAGAAGCACCGAAAAGAACGUUGCGUAGCUCAAACAGGCUAUCGCUUACGUUAAGUGGUCGUAAACCUAGUGGCCGUAGAAAAAGAGAGUCUACGGAGGACGUAAAAGCUGCCCAGAAAUGUGAACCUCCGGAAGCCGAAGUUUGUGAUGAUAAGCGCCAAAUUCCUCCUGAACCUGUGCGUGGAGAACAAGCAGAUGCGACUGAAACAAUCAUUAUCCUCAGUGAUGAUGAGAACGAUUCUCAGACUCCUUCGAAAAGCUCCAUUCGGGAGUACUUUACGCCAUCAAAACAUCAGGGGCGGCUGAGUCCAACUGCCGGCCGGUCAUCAGUUUGCACAACGGGAGGAAAGCAUACCGCUGCAGCUAACUCUACUGCCAGGAAGGCACCACAAACACUGCCAAGGAAGGCGGCCGGUAAAGUCCGUCGAAAGAUUUGUCCCUCAACCAACAUCAAAAUGCUGACCAAAAAGUACUUUGACGACUCGCAGAAACGGAUCACGAACUUUUUCAACAAACAAAACGUAGAUCCGGAACGCUUGGGCUAUUGCCAGGUGUUGAAGGAAUCCGUAAUGCCGACGAUAGUCACUGGCGACAUGGAGGUGGAGACCAUGCUACAGGUGUCUAUCAAAGAAGGUAGCACGCCGUUACGCAUUUCGCAAAUUGUAUCGCUUUCCGAUAUUCCGGAACUGUCGGCCGCCGAAUCGUGUCCAGCUAAAAUAAUGGAGCGCAUGGAGCGGAUGCAGAGUGCUGCAUACGACCCGGAACAGGAAGAUUGGAAUAUGGAGCGCGUGAAUGUGCCAAUCGCCACUACAAGUUCCGUGUCGGUCGAUGAGUCGACGUGCGAUUCGGGUGUAUCGUUUCUAGUUCCUGAUACACCUGACAUUCAAACCAGUGCUUCCAAGCGUCGUGCGCUGAGGAAGGAAACUCCACGAAGCGCUUCAUGUAAGACUCCACCCGCUAGGCCUCGACAAUCGAAAGCACCAAAGAGUACCGCGAAGAAAGAGGGAAGGAAGAUCGUGUGUCCCAAGUACAAAAUUAUUGCCGGAACCAACUUUGCUGUCGACGGUUUCCGGUACGGUGAUAUUGAAGGAGUGACACACUACUUUCUUACACACUUUCAUGCGGAUCAUUACAUUGGACUGAAAAAAUCGUUCGCGAAACCCCUUAUCAUGUCACCGAUAACGGCGCGCUUGGUGAAAACGUUUAUCAAUGUUCCUGAGGAGCAUUACCGACUCAUUGAGCUACACCAGCCGAUCGUGAUUGAUCAUGUUGAAAUCAUUGCACUGGAUGCAAACCACUGCCCUGGUGGAAUCAUGUUCCUUUUUCGUUUGCCAAACGGAACCAAUAUCCUUCACACCGGAGAUUUCCGCGCUUCGGCGGAAAUGGAAGAGUAUCCCGAGUUUUGGAACUAUCCUAUCGACUGUAUAUACCUGGAUACGACUUAUCUUUCUUCGAAAUAUGCAUUUAAAUCUCAGUGGGAAAGUGUGUCCGAUGCACGGAAUACGGUUGUUGCCUUUCUUAACAAACAUAUUGGAGCCAAAGUGCUAAUAGUGUGCGGGAGUUAUCUGAUAGGUAAAGAGAAGGUGUGGAUGGAACUAGCCGUUGCCACUGGGAUGAAAGUGUGGACGGAACCGAAUCGUUGGAAGGCUCUAAGUGCCAUUGCCGAUCCAGAUCAGCUAUCACUACUAGUUGCUGACCCAGCGGCCGCAAAUAUUCAUGUGCUGGCAAUGAAUAAAUUGUCGUAUGAUGAAUUGAGCGACUAUAUGAGCCAGUUUCCCGACCGAUAUGAUACUGUGAUAGCUCUGCGGCCUAGUGGAUGGGAGAAGAAUAGUAAACCGCAGUGGCGCGGGAGAAUCAACAUCGUUGGUAUCGAGUAUUCGGAACAUUCCAGUUUCGAUGAGCUCAAACGGUUUGUCCAAUUCAUCAGACCGCGCGAAGUGAUCAGCACGGUGCCUUAUGGGAAUUCCAAUCCAAAUCGCACUCCAAUGGUUCCGGCUUCGUGGUACCAGGGAGAAAUUCGACCGCAACGUAAAGCAUUACAGCUGUCAAUCACAAAUUUCAUGUCCACGCUUGGCCCCAACAGUGGCAACGAGUGCAAUAAACCCACAGUCCAGGCAGCACGAGACCAAUCGUCGACUGUAGAGGAAAUCAAACAAGAAAAAGGGAGCAUUAUCAAGGAAGAACCAAGCAUCGCUCAGGAUGUAAUUGAUCUAGAUGACGAUGAGAAUGAUCAGCGAUCGGAGCAGGGAGAAUGUGAUGGCGACAGUGACUGGCUACCGUAGCUCCCGAUCGAGCAAGGUGUGCGAUGAACAAAGGACGGAAAAGGGCAUUCACUUGUAAGGUAAAUGUUUUUAUUUUAUAAAACUUUGAAAUCGGCUGUGUAUUUGUACUGUACGGUAAUAUUAAUAUAAAGAUA